AUGGUGAGCAGGGAGUUGCUCACUUAUGCACUUGGCCCCACUACAAGAUCAUUCAAGUUCAGCCUGUUGAUGCUCCAGACUCUGAACGACUUCCCAACCGAGGCACUAUACCCUGUCUUUGUCAAAUCAAUGAUGUUGUCCGCAUUGGCUAUUCACAAUGACUUUGACCUGUUCAUCAAGGUGGCUGCACGACACUAUCCGACUACUCCCACCUUUCAAUCAUUGGUAUACUUUGGUAUUGAACAGCCCAUUGAUGUGCCACUGUUCAACAAGCAUCAAUCAAACAUUAUCAAAGCGUUUGAGGAGUAUGUUGGCUCAUCUAUCGUGCACGAUAUCACCUCUACAAACAUCAAGAACUUCUCACUCAAACAUGAGUUGUACAUGUUGAUCAUCAAGGUGGCAGAGCAUAUGGUACCAGGACAACAGCAAUCAAUCACUCGCGUCAAACAACCAAUGAACAUCCAUACGCUCAAGACUAUUGGAACACUCGCCAAUCGGACACCUUUGUUCAAUGGACUUGUUGAAGUGAAUGGUGGCGACGUGGCCUUGUCCUUCAUGAAGAGUGUCAAGCAUUUGAUGGCCGAGUACAAGUCACUGCCAGGGUCUGUCCCAAUCUUUGAUCAAACUUUGUUGCAAGGUGCACUGUCUCGAGGACACAUCGACUGCGCUCUGUACAUCAUGGACACACUCAUACCAUUGCUUCCUCGAAAGUGGUCGGUUAGCUCUAUCGACAUGUCAUCAGACCGUGAUUGGUUGGGCUUGGUAGACAAACUACUCAACAAGGACAGGGUCAUGUGCUUGCUGAUGGGCAUCUAUACCAGCGCGAUCAAGUCUCGACGAAUGGAUGUGAUUGGUCGUCUGAGCAAACACCCAAACUGGACCGCGCCUCCAAUCAAGUCUGUCAAUCAAACGCUCAGCAUCGUCCUGGAGGACAACUACAUUGAAGGCAUAAAGAGGCUCAUUGGCGUUGGUACUGCGCCCCAUCUCUUUGAGAUACGCACAGAGACACUAUGCAAAUGCUCAGACGACACCCUUGAUGUGUUGUUGGGGUCGAUCAAACCUGGCCAAUUGUACAUCAGGACAAUGACCUCCGAGGCGAGAAUGAGUGCCAGCAUGAUCCUUCUGAUUAUCAAGCAUGGCCAUCACACUGACAAACCAAACAAAAUGUUCCCAAGUCAACUGUUUGAGGAAGCAGCGAUAUAUUUAGGCGACUACGACUUGAUGCUCAGCCUGUACAAGUCUGUGGACAAAGGAUGUUUGGCAAUGGCGACCAAGUAUGGCGUGGACAAUGCACGUAUCAAUCAAUUCUUACUUGAUAAAUGCAAGACACUCACAACUCGAGAGAUUGAGAAUCAAGUCUUUCAUUCAUUGGCCAACUUUGGACAUGGUAACAUGUUAGCGGCACACCUUGCCUUGCCUCAACACCUCGCUCGAUUUGACUUUGAUGGUUUGCCUGCCGUCGCCAACAUGCUCCUGGCAUCUGAUGUGAUUGGCUAUUUCAAUAUGGACUCUUAUCUGGAUGACGAGAAGGCUAGGUUCAUAUGGUCGCGAGUGCCAAGCUAUCGCAAACGAGACAAGUUGUUCAUUGAGAAAGUGUUGGAGACAUAUGCUGCCAUCAACAACUUCAAUAUGAAACAGAUCAGGAUACAGCGUCGUCCAACUAUUCAGGCCACACAACAACAUCAACUCAAUAGGUAG